UUUCAAUAUGGCAGCCCCCUGUGCCAAACAAAUUCCGCCACUAUUGUCAAAGUUUCAGGGAUGUUUGGCGUCAGCAGUUAUUGGAGACUGUUUAGGUGCCUCAUGGGAAGGAAUGUGUAGUAUCAAAAUGCGAGAAAUAAACAAAUACAUGUCUGACUUGGAGAAUAAACACGCAGGAAAACCAUUAUUGGAAUUUACAAAAGAAUACACAGACGACACGGCGAUGGCUCGGCAAGUAGCAAUGUCACUCAUAGAGAAUCAAGGGUUUGAUGCAAGCUCAAUGGCAAAAAGAUUUUCUGAAGAAUACUUUGAGGAGCCAUGGAGAGGUUAUGGUGGGAAUGUCAUUAAUGUCUUUCAACAACUAAAGGAUUUGAACUACAAAGAUCCAUUUAAACCAUCUCAAGAACAGUUUGGGGGCAGUGGUUCCUAUGGAAACGGAGGAGCAAUGCGGAUCGCCCCAGCAGCUCUGUUCAGCUAUAACAGUGAUAUUGAGGAGUUAAAUGCUCUCAGUCGCAAUAUCACAAUGUUGACCCAUUCAAACAUAAAUGGCAUCAAUGGGGCGAUUCUUGAAAGCAGCGCCAUCUAUCUGGCACUCCAUCAACCUGCUGAUGAGCCUCUAGAUGUUAACAAAUACAUCGGGAUCCUCUUGGAGAUAAUGAAAAAAUUAGAAUGCAACUAUGCUCCAGAAAAGGAACUAGAAGCAACACCCUCUGAAUUGAAGCAGACACCAUACUGUGACAAACUAAACAUCAUUAAGGAGCUGCUGAAGGAAGAAGAGACAUCUAUUGAGGACAUAGAGAAACAACUAGGACAUAAUAUUUCUGCUUUAGAAUCAGUACCAACUGCCAUAUAUACUUUUUUGAGAGGACUCUCUCCGAUUCCUGGAAUAGAGGAUCAAGGUAACCCACUUAAACGAACAGUAAUGUUUGCCAUUGCAAUUGGUGGAGAUGUAGACACUAUAGGUACAAUGGCAGCAGCUAUUACUGGUGCAUAUUAUGGCAUGGACAUAGUGCCUCAAACAUUGACUUAUUGUUGUGAAGGUGUACAAGACUCUCUUAAAUUUGCACAUAAACUCCAUACACUUGCAGGAUGAUUCAAAUUCAUUACUUUGGCGCUAAAUUGUGAUCAGUUUGUUGGGCAGAUGUACAUUUUAAGAAUAAGAAUAGGCCAUUUUGGAUA